AUGCUUUCCAAGAUCGCUACCGUUGCCGCCUUCGCUGCUGGCGCCCUUGCCCACGGCACUGUCACCGGUGUCACCAUCGACGGCAAGUUCGAGCAGGGCUUCUCCCUCGACUACUACUACGCCAAGCAGAACGGCCAGACUUCCCCUGAGCACAUUGGCUGGUACGCCGAGAACCUUGACAACGGCUUUGUCGAGCCCAACUCCUUCGGCACGGCCGACAUCAUCUGCCACAAGGCUGCCAGCCCCGAGGGCUCCUCCGACUCCAUGGCCAAGGUCGCCGCCGGUGGCACCGUCGAGUUCCACUGGUCCACCUGGCCCGAGUCCCACAUGGGUCCCGUCAUCACCUACGUCGCCCCCUACACCGGCGAUGUUGCAUCCGUCGACAAGACCUCGCUCAAGUGGACCAAGAUCGAUGCCCACGGUUACGAGGACGGCAAGUGGGCUGCCGUCAAGAUGAUCGGCCAGAACAACACAUGGCCCGUCACCGUUCCCGAGUCUCUUGCCGCUGGCAAAUACGUCUUCCGCCACGAGAUCAUCGCUCUCCACGGUGCUAGCUCCGCCAACGGCGCCCAGAACUACCCCCAGUGUCUCAACAUUGAGGUCACCGGUUCCGGAACCGAGAAGCCCGAGGGUGUCGUCGGCACCAGCCUGUACACUGUCGACGAUGUCAUCUUCAACCCCUACGCCUCCACCAUCGACUACAAGGUCCCCGGCCCUGCUCUGUGGCCCGCUGGCUCCGGCUCCGGCUCUUCCCCCGCCCCCUCGACCCCCAGCAAUGGCACUACUCCUGCUACCCCGACAUCUGCCCCCGCCGCCUCGUCCGCUGCUGCCUCGUCUCCUGCUGCCUCGUCUCCUGCUGCCUCGGCCGCCGCUGAGGUCACCCCCGUCGCUACCCCCACUGCCUCCCCCACACCUGCUCCUUCCAGCGGUGCUGGCUCCGAGCUCCCCAAGACCUUCACCAUCGACACCUUCAUUGCCUGGCUCGAGGAGGCUGCUGGUUCUUCCACCAGCACCAAAGCCCGCCGCCACGCUCGCUCGCUCCUCUUCUAG